CAGUCAGUGCCGAACAGGUGUUUUGUGGAAUCGGUUGCUUGUCGAGGACUACGGACCGGGAAAACAUGCAGUGGCUUUUGAAGUGGUUCCUAGUGAUACUGAUCGUACGAGGAUCUCGCUCGGUACUGUGGCCAUGCACCACCUCGGAAGACUGCGGUAAGGUCCCGGAGGCGCGCUGUUCAACCUACGGUUUCUGCCAGUGCCCGGCGGGGCAUGUCUUCUCGACCGACGUCACCCGCUGCCUGCCCGAGCGCUCGUAUGGGGUAGCGUGCGAGGAAGCGGUCCAGUGUUCUCAUAUGCUUACCGGUGCCAAGUGCGAGGACAAAGUAUGUACCUGUGAUACCGGUUUCACCUACGUUCGCGGACGAUGCCGUCAGCUAGCGAACAUCGACCAACCGUGCAAUGAUGAUAUCGACUGUUUCUUCGGGUACAACCGUGAAGCCGUGGUGUGCCGGGAUGGUAAGUGCCAAUGUGCACCGGGUUUCUACCUUCGAAGCACAAAUGUCUGCCGGCGCGAAGUGUCCCUUGACGAUUGGUGCCUCGUGAAUCAGGACUGUGUCGGUGAUAACCUAGAGUGUAGUGCAGAUGUAUGCAAAAAGAAAGCACAAACGAAAACCUACCGGGAUAUUGGCGUCCAAGCGAGGGUGUCUUGCGAAGAGAAGAAAGCGCAAGCGGAAGCUACGAGAACAACCCGGGAUCAACAGCAGCAGACCAGCAUCGGAAGCAGCUGUGGAACCAAUACCGGAGACGAUGUCCAGGAGGAGAAGCGCAAGGAGAGUAAUUCCAGUGGUGCUACGGCGAAGAGAGUUAGACUGCAGUCGAGCGUCGAUACGCCGACCAAGGAUGAGAGUACUCCCGGGUUUGGCGAUACUUGCACGGAUGAGACGAAGGAAUGCGACGGGGUUCCCUACUCGGUUUGUCGGAUGGGUCAGUGUCUUUGCCGGGAAGGCUUCUACGCGGUUGGAAGAGAGUGCAAAGCUGAACUAGGGGAACACGUAGAAAAGAAAGAGGAUUGUGGAGGUGGAAUCUACGCCAACGGCAGAUGCGUCUGCCAAAAUAAUCAGUUUUACAAUUACAAUAUGAGAACAUGUUUGAAAGGAUCAAUUGGAAUCAAUGGAUCCUGUACGGCCAGUAGCCAGUGUUCGCCCUAUGGCGAGGCGUUCUGUCCUCUGGUUUCACCGAAGCGAUGUAGCUGUUAUCCGUACGCCGAGUACGACACUAACCGACAGAUGUGCAUCGGGAAGAAAGGUUAUGAACAAUACUGUGAAAAAGACGCGGACUGUACCAUGGUCAAUACCCGCUGUAGUGAGGUGAACACCUGCGUCUGUCGAGCGAACUUCUUCUACGUCAACGAGCGGUGCAAAGCGGCUCAAGGUGGUACGUGUGAAACCGUGGACGACUGUGGAUUCGACAAAGCGAUCUGUGAAUCGGAAGACGAGCAGCAACCGAAAAAGUGUGACUGUCAGAAGGGUCACCUGUACCAAGAUAAAACGUGCCUAAAGGAAGCGGAAGCCUACGAAGAGGAGUGCACUGUAAAUGAACAGUGCCAACCGUUGCUCGGGAAUCUGAGCAAAUGCAUCGACGAAAAGUGUCAAUGCGACGAAGCCGAUACACACUUUAAGGAUGGACAGUGCCAGGAGAAGAAGGCUUUGGAAGAACGGUGUAACCUAACGAGCGAGUGCUUCGUCGAGGACCGUGCCGAUACCGUGGAAUGCCGCAACUCGGCGUGCCAGUGCAAGUUCGACUAUUCCCCGGAUGUGGAACGUCAACGUUGCGUCAAACCCAGUGGCAAAAGCUCUUCCGAUCGACCGAGUGCACUGAAGGUGAUCACCCUACUGCUGACCAGUGCAGCGAUUCUGAUUACGGGAUCUGCGCUGCGGGAUGCCUACUACGUGUAGUUGUUCCCAUUAUCAACGUUUCCGUAGCUCCAAAUUGAAUCGAAAGCAGCAUCACCAAACAGUUACAGGAACAUCAACAAACGUAUUGGUGAUAAGGCCGCGGUACAGAUUGAAAUGACAACAAACAACUCCGCAUGACGAGACUAACGGUGAGAGCGAAUCGAUAGCAAUCGAGAAAAUAGUAGCAUUAAAGACAGUUGAACAAAGAUCACUUCUUAUCCCCCCCUAGCAUGCAGGGAGGUAAUUAGCGGUGUCUAAAUUGGAAACGACAUAUCUUAGGGCUUCAGCGAACAACUUAACCUAAAAAAAUUGUUAUCGUUUGAAAGCGCGUAGAUAAUAUAAAAGGAAAUCAAUUGUAGUUGAACUGAGAAAAACAUCGAAGUUGUUAUAUUCUAAUGAUUAUAAUGAGGUAUGAAUCGUUAUGAUAUUAUGUAUAGGAAGUCAAUGGGUAAGACAGCAAAUGAUAUUGUAGGGACAUUUUACAAAUAAAAGCAAUAAUUAAAUAA